GUUUUGAGUCGUCGACCGUUGCGGACGGAAAUUCAGAUUAGGAUCUGUAUUAAUUAGUAAAAAAUAAAGUUUACCGCGCGUUCCGUAAUUCCACUCACACACAUACCAACACCCAAGCAGCAGCAGCAGUAGCCGCAGCGGAUUAAAACUUCGUCACUCUAGCAACAAACAGAAAAAAAACACCUACAAAAUGGCCGAUCAGCUGACAGAGGAACAGAUCGCCGAGUUCAAAGAGGCAUUCUCGCUAUUCGACAAGGACGGCGAUGGCACCAUCACAACAAAGGAGUUGGGCACAGUCAUGCGCUCCCUGGGCCAGAAUCCCACAGAGGCCGAGCUGCAGGACAUGAUCAACGAGGUUGAUGCCGACGGCAACGGCACAAUUGACUUCCCUGAAUUCCUUACAAUGAUGGCACGCAAAAUGAAGGACACCGAUAGCGAAGAGGAGAUCCGGGAAGCCUUCAGAGUGUUCGACAAGGACGGCAACGGCUUCAUCUCCGCGGCCGAGUUGCGUCACGUGAUGACAAAUCUGGGCGAGAAACUCACAGACGAGGAGGUCGAUGAGAUGAUCCGGGAGGCUGAUAUCGAUGGCGACGGUCAGGUCAAUUACGAAGAAUUCGUGACUAUGAUGACAUCGAAGUGAAGCGUUAAAUUAUUUCUUUUUAAGCCUUUCUAUUUUUUUAAGAUGUUGACGAAGACUGUAGCUGUGCGCAAUAACAUCGCGCCACGCUGUUGCUAUGGACCCCAGUAAAAGAUCUUAAAAAAACAACAACAAACAACAAAGAGUUAAGCAAAAAACAACCAACAUAAAGGAGAAUAAGAAGCAAAAAACAUUUAAGAAACUUUAAAACAAAUAAAACUUACACUUAAAAAACAAAAGCAAAAGCAAAUGAAAAUUUAAACAAGCAAAAAUGAAACAACCGAAUUCAGUGGGAAGGAAUUACAUUAAACUGAGCGAGAAGGUUAAACGAGAAAACAACAUAAUUUUAAUGCAACAACAAACAACAACAACUACAACAACCAAGCAGCAUACUUAAUGAAGUCACCGUUUAAAACCACAAACAACUACAACAACAACAAGAACAACCAGCAGCAACAAACAAGAAUCGCAUGUUAUCGUUUCGAGUAACUAGAACAAGUCUAUCACUACACUGAAACAAAAUGAGCAGCGAGAAGAUGAGCAAGCAGAGGGCGAAGCAAGAAGCAGCAGCAGCAUCCACCAGUAUUGCCGAUUGAUGGCGCCCAUGGCGCAUCAAGGUCAGCGCGCCACCUGGCGACGGCGGCACGCAACGGCUGCAUUUUGUUUGACAGUUUUCCACUAAAAAGUAAAUGAAAACCCGACUCUGUAAGCUAGCAAAUUGUGUUUAAAGUAUAAUGAAAAAUUGUCGAUUUCGUUGCAAGAAGAAUAAAAAUAAAAGCUAAACAAACAACAAAUAAAAAUAAAAAUACAAAUAAAACAAAAA